UAAUAUAAGGUAAAAUCAGCAGGUACGUCUGGUUUGUUUUUUUCUCAUUGGUCAGUGCGCCGGAGACCCUAUCCCAUGUCAGGAGACUGCAAUAACUGGACUACAUAAACUAUUUAACAACUUACAUACCUCUCUACCGUAUCAAAUUCAUCAAAUCAUCCUAUCCAAGGCCCAAUUUCUCAUCAUGUUAAUCUAAGAUACGACAAGCCGUGGGAUAACCACUCUAAGCAUAAGAACGCCGUAUGUACAUCCUCUCAAUAUUGACCCUCCUCAUAAAUGGUUCGAAGAUUCUUUAACAUCCGGACCCGCUCGCCUCUCACCUUACUUGAUCACCUACAAACAAUCGCCUUCGCUGUUUCCGAGAUAUAACAUCUAUUAAAAUAAGGUUAUCGUUAGGAAGUGACCUGUAACAUAAAAUCCAUACCAAUGAUUAUUAAAUAUGGCAUUCCCUCCAUCUCGUCGGUCAACGUCCUCUGAGAUCCACGGGAUUGAUGAUGAUGAUGACAUAUCAUUAAAUUCUACUGAUCAUGAGGGCUAUGCUUAUCAGACUGAUGAUAAGGAGUGGGUUGUCGAAGAUCUGUAUGCCGAGAGGCCACACCCCGACAUACCGGGUGAGAUGCAAUAUCUAAUUAAGUGGGAGGGGUUUCCAUUGGAUGAAUGUACUUGGGAACCUGCAGCACACCUAGGGCCAGGCCUGCUCCUGGACUGGGAGGAAGCAAAGGAGAAGAUCAAGGCCGGCACCCGAGAACCAUUUGAUGUUGAAAGAUAUAACGAAGCUUACAGAGAGAAGCAAGAGAGGAAAAGAAGACGGAAUGCUAAGCGGAAGCGUCUCGGUUUACUAACCUCCGAUUCCGAGUCUCUUGAGUCACCUACGUUGGAAGAUUCUCCUACUAUUACAUCCAGAGAUGAACCAGCCCAAGGCAAAGGAGCUCAGAAGAUGAACAGCAUCGAACCAAGUCAUGUCAUCUCUGAAAUGAAACCUCCGGAUGUACCCAAGCAGAAGGUUUCCCGUAUAAUACCCCCAGAAAAGCCCGGGAAAAACACAGGGGAGACUUCUAAAACAAAUAAAAAGAAGCCGCCACGACCUCCUACACCUGUAUCAUCGUCCAAGCCACCACUAAAACCAAAAGAGGCAAAGCGAAGAGCCUCAAAUGAAGGAAAAGCUAACAUCACUAAAACCGGAUACCAAGGAACCGCAAGGAAGCCUAGCGGGGGCACGAGUGCAGAAUCGCUUAAGGCCCCUAAAAGCAAUGUCUCUAAUCAAAAAGCACCAGCUUCAGCACCCAAACCCUCUUCAGGGAUGCCUCCUAAAAUUACAUCUAGCCUGGCAAAUAAAUUUGGGGUGAAGAAGCAUACAGCAACACGUACACGGCCGCAACCAACCGCACCACCAACACGGACCAAAAAUGUUUUUGUUGGAGGUAAAGAGCCGAAGAAGAGGGCAGGUCUCAAUGAUGUUAUGGAUGAUCCGUCUAAAGCUCCAAAAGCCUUCAAUUCGAUGCGUGUUAUGAACAUCGCUAAGAAACGAGGAAUUGAGAGAAACGAUGCGGCUCCUCCCAGCCUUUCUUCAAUUCCGCAAAGUUUUAUUGUGACGAAUGAUCGAAUUCCUCGCCCUACCGCAGAUCAGACAAGAGCAAAUGUGCCCACCGCGCCCCCCGCGCCACUGGAGUCGCCUCCCCUUGUUCAAAGCCCGACGGCGAUAUCGCCAACUAGCACAACUGGUGCUUUAUCGCUGCCAAAAGCAAGAAAGUCUGUGCGUUUUACUGAAGCGCAAGACGUCAUAUCGGAGGACACGCCGAUGACUGAUGCUACGCCUAACGUAACCGACCUUGCCGCUGGUGGACCAGGUGAUGCGAACCACCCUCCGGAAAGCCCAGGAUCAGCCAAGGCCCAUGCACCAUCGAGGAGACUCUCACUGGCUACUUACCAAGAGAGAGGACAGGUCCAAGUAGUUGCUAAGACGGCCGUGUUCGGCAAAGAUGGAUCCGAAUCAGUCCGAGUCGUGUUCGGUGGCAUUCCUCGUCAAUCCCAACCGUGGCUAUCGACCUUUGUUGCCCAAGAAACUCUGCACUUCAGUUCAGUUUGUGCUUCGUACAAUUUUAUCCCUUAUAAGUCCGAGCUGGUACAAGAAGUGCUCUCCACUGGCGCCAUCGAAACUAAUUCAGACGAUAUUAAAUCGGCCUUGGCUAAUAUUGCCGAGCACCUUCGUCGGGGUUCGUAUGGGAGCCACUUGGUGACUGAACACUUCUCAAUUCUUGUCUAUCCUUCGAACUGCGAUGCUUGGGAUGGCCUCAAUGUUGACAAAAACAACUCGGAAUCGCCGUUGCGGUAUAUGAUCUACAAAUCACCCAUCGAUGUGAGGCUUUAUCCUCCAGUAUCAAUCCCUCGUGCCCCAGCCCGCCUACACGAUAUAGAAAUAGAGUCGCAUUGUCAGGUACUCAGUAAACGUUUAUUCGGACUGGAAUUCUCUCAAUUUCUUCCUCAGGAACCAAGAGAAAAAGAUAGGCAGGUGUUCAUGCUACUGUUUCCGAGAAGGGAGGCUCAGGUGUGCAAUUUGGUUAAGCUUUGGCUCCGUUCUUGUCAGCCAGGCUGCCGAAUUUUUUCUAAUGAACUUAAGGAUAGUUGGGCCAAAUUCCAUGAAACGGUCAGAGCCGGAGCAGCCGGCACUAUCAUUCUCCAUGAGGAUGCAAGUAUCGCCAUCCGACAACUACCACGCCUAUCUCUACUAUUCGAAAAUAAGCGCUGUUAUACAAUUUGGGACCUCGCCACGGGACAAUACGGCAUCCCGAGAUUCCCAUCAAAUGUAGACACGACAAUUGAGCCCGGGACACUUCAAAUGACACGACUGUUCCCAUAUGGUCGGGCAUUCUUAAUCACUCCGAGUUUUGCGCUUUCCGAUCCAGUCAGACUCUGUCAAUUCUUAGAAUGGUUUAGAAAUUAUUGUGCCAACCCACACUUCCUAAUCAUGGCUUGUGCAGAUUUUCCCAACUACUUGAAAGCUGUUACGUUAGAGAAGGCAAAGGAACACGAAACGAUUUACGCGUCGCGUAGGGAUGACCCUAGGCGCGAAGAAAUGAUGGCGGAACUUAGCCUAAGCAGAACCGACCUUGAGGCGAGGUUCCGAUCAUGGGAGGUCUUGAAGGAUAUCAUAGAAAGAUUUGGAGACGAAGAGGCCGAUGAAGAAGUACGGAAGGUGCACUGGAUUACGGACUUUAUUGACCCCAACGACGAACAGAGCCUCGUCAACUGGUUCUGCUGGUGGUCAAUUCAAAAAUGUGAUCAGUAUCGCAAGUUUACUGUACUCGGUUCGAGUAACCAUAAAAACAGAGCGGCGUACAGGAACAUCGAAAUACCGGUCUAUACUCCGGAAACGGUAGGCGACCCCGAUGCCGCUCGGAUUCUCGAGAGCCGACGUCGUCGAACGGAAGAGACUGCUUUGGCGACAGAGCAGGUCAAGGGGUUUAAUCAAGAUACUCUUGAGAGCCCCGGUUAUGCCAACACCGAGUCUACUCCAGCCACUCCCGCCUCCCGUACGCUUUCUGACUUUAAAAGUGAAAUAUUCAAGAAUGAUAGCGCCGCUGAGAUACGCCGUCACAUCACAGCUAUUUUUAAUCAACUCAGGGCGGGAAAAGGAAAUUGGGCUAGGCUGCACGUCAAUCCUGUAUCGUGGUCGAAUGUGCAAAUGGCCGAUCACUUCGGGGAUUCAAGAUGCGAAUAUGACACCUUCAAGAACUGGGUAGGCUCGGCUCCCAUGUUCAACAGAAGUUCAAACACCUGGUACGGGUUGUUCUACACCAUAGAUAAGGAGUGGGACGCAAAAGCACCUCCCAAUACGUACGGACGCCACGCCUGGAUCGCAGCGAUUAGACCCGUUGACCCUCAUUUGCCGCCGAAGACGUAUGCCAAAAUUGAGUUAUUCUUCUGGGACCUUCAUGCUUGCGACAGAGCAUAUACCGGAUCUUACCUCACGGGCAUACAACAUAAACUAAUAGAUAUCGUUAAACAAGAGCUACCGCUAAAAGAUAGCCGAUUCCAUCUUGAGAAGGUCCACGUGAGCAGCAACACGUACCUAGAGUUCAAGCCGUCGGACAAUCCUUUGGAUGUGACCUACCGAAGGCUCCAAGAGAUGAUGAGCGACGGUAAAAUUUGGAUGCCGCCCUUUGAAAACCUUCUACGUGAAAGGAAAUGGAUAUCGCUUCCGAAGUCCGAAUGGAAUGUAAACACGACUAUGGAACCCCCAGAUCAUCCGCUAUCAGCGCAGCAGCAUGAGUCACUUCCGAGACAUUACGGCGACGAGGGUAAAAUGAAGAGGUCGAUCUGGCACGCACCACGUGCCAAGAAUAAGGUGGAGAAGACCAAGUGCGGAAACCAUCUGUACGAAUGUGCUAUGGAAGUUCGGAAGCAGAAUCCUACAUAUCAGACGAUGGGAUACCAGUAUAAGUCGACCCUGGACUGGUAUCACGACAUGAAGGUCGAGGGACGUGACGCUAGUCACGUCAACGUGGAUAGCGCCGACAAGAUCCUGGCCGGGCUACUUCGGAAGAAGUAGAUUAUGGGGAAUUUGAUAUCAGAUUUAUCUGUUGAAAGACAUGGAAGUAUGGGUUUUGCUUGUGUGUUGUGGGAUAGGGCGGCCUCCUGGGGGGGUUGCCUUGUGAUGAGAUGUAUAUGAUAGC